AUGGUUGUGAUUGUGGUUGUGAUUGUGGUUGUGAAUGUGAUUCCUCAUUUGGUGGUUGCUCUUUGGCUUGUUAGGGGAACAUUUAAUAUCAACGGGUUUCUUCCAAGUUACACCAGUUGGAUUUUUCAUGGGGAAAAUUUGUCAUCGCCUGUGCCACACAAUGUGAAUGUCGGGAAAACUGAUUCGAAUGAUGGUGAUGAAACUUAUGAAAUGCUAUUCGAAGGAUUUGGACUUCCUCCACCAAGCUUUGUUCAUGAGGCAGCAAGUUCUAGUAUUAAACAAGAUCCAGAUGAGAAAAUCGAAAAAUUCUUCAAUUUAUUGAAAGUGGUCGAACGAGAGUUGUAUCCUGAGUGUCAUAAGUUUUCAACGCUCUCAUUUAUUGUUCGGUUAUUGCACAUCAAGUGCCUUAGUGGAUGGAGUGACAAGUCUUUCACGAUGUUGCUCGAGCUUUUGAAGGAUUCGUUCCUAAAGGGUGAAACUUUGCCAAAGUCAUUUUAUGCAACUAGGAAACUCCUUAGGGACUUGGGCCUAGAUUAUCAUAAAGUACAUGCAUGCCCAAGGGAUUGUUCACUAUAUUGGAAGGAAACAGCCAGUAUGGAUGAUUGCAUAGUGUGUCAUAUGCUUAUAUACAAACAGUUUGGGGGGGAGGAGAAUGAUGUUAAGAAGAAGCAACAAAGAAUUUCACAGAAGAUUUUUGCGAGUGAGCCUCACAAUGUCAGACUGGGUUUAGCAGCAGAUGGAUUCAAUCCAUUUAAGGCAAUGAAUGUCUCUCAUAGCAGUUGGCCAGUUAUUAUGAUGCCAUACAAUUUGCCACCAUGGUUGUGCAUAAAGCAGCCUCAUAUGAUGAUGACAUUGCUCAUCGAUGGUCCUUCUUCACCUGGAAAUAACAUUGACGUCUACUUACGCCUUGUAGUGGAUGAAUUGAAAGAAUUAUGGGAAAACGGUGUUGACACGUAUGAUGCGGAAACUAAUCAGAUGUUCCGAAUGCAUGUUGUUUUAUUAUGGACUAUAAAUGAUUUUCCUGCCUAUGCAAUUUUGUCUGGAUGGAGCAUGAAAGGCGUUUUAGCUUGUCCUUGUUGUAACACACAUACUCAAUCUCGAUAUUUGAAGAACGGAAGGAAAUUAUGUUACAUGGGGCAUCGUCGCUGGUUGAAUGGGGGUCACAAAUUUCGGAAAGCUAGUGCGUCUUUUGAUGGCACUCGUGAAUUUGAACCAUGUCCAACUCGGUUAUCAGGGGCUAAUGUGCUACAACAACUAGGCCCUAAGUUCAAAUUGAAUUCUAAGCGUCAACAAUCUAGCAAACGGAAUAGAAAGGGAAAAGAAAAGGAGGAAAAUGAAGACUCAGGUCAUAAUUGGAAGAAGAAGAAUGGUUAUGCAUCCAAUAUCUCUCGUCGGGUUAACCUCAAACAGCGUAGCAUAUUUGGACUGAAAAGUCAUGAUAACCGUAUACUCAUCCAACAAAUACUUCCAAUAGCAGUGAGAAAUUUGUUACCGAAGAAAGUGGUUGAACCAUUAAUUGAGUUAAGCAAUUUCUUCAAGCAGUUGUGCUUCAAAACCCUAGAUGUGGAUGGUCUAAAUCGUCUUCAGUCCCAAAUUGCUCUUACACUUUUCCAUCUUGAGAGAAUUUUUCCCCCAUCAUUUUUCGAUAUAAUGGAGCACUUACCCAUUCACCUAGCAGAGGAAGCAAAGAUUGCCGGUCCGGUGCAAUAUCGAUGGAUGUACUUUGUAGAAAGGUACCUUAUGACACUUAAAUCAUACAUGCGUAAUCGAAGUCAUCCCGAAGGUUCAAUUGCACAGGGAUACUUAGUCGAAGAAUGUAUGACAUUUUGCUCAAGGUACUUGCAUGAUGUUGAGUCGAAAUUGCAUCGACGGUUAAGGAAUUGUGAUGUUAGCGACAAUCCUCAGAUAUUAAUGGGGCGAGCUUUAGGAAAAGGAAAAGGGUUUGUGCUUGAUAACACAACAUGGGUUGCAGAGCUGUUAGCUACUGAAAAUGUAGCGUUGUUAGAUGAGAUUAAAAUUUUGGCUUUGGGACCCAGCCAAAAGGCCACCAGAUUUAAUGGGUAUAUAAUUAAUGGUACUAGAUAUCAUACUAGGAGUCGUGAGUUGAGAAGAAAAACUCAGAAUAAUGGGGUUAUGGUGAAGGCAAAGACUUCUAGCUAUGCAAGUGCGAAAGACAUUAAUCCAGUGGAAGGUGAUGUAGCGUACUAUGGAUAUGUGACAGAUAUUAUUGAACUGUAUUACUCACAUGACCAUAGAUACAUGUUAUUCAUGUGCAACUGGAUUGAUAACAAUAAGGGACUCAAGCAGGAUGAUUUUGGUUUUACACUUGUUAAUUUCAAUCACUUGUUAUAUGCGAACAAACAGGACAGUGAUGAGCCAUUCAUCCUAGCAUCUCAAGCACAACAAGUCUUUUAUGUUAAUGAUUAUGUUGAUGAAUAUUGGAAUGUUGUACUCAAGAUGAAACCUAGAGACUUGUAUGAGGUGUGUGGAGAACAACCAACUAUUGAUAAAGGACUACAUCACAACGAAGUGAAAGGAUUUGGUGAUCAAGAGUUAGAUGUAGCUUCCUACACUUGUGAGGAGGACAUGGAUUGGGUUAGGCAAGGUAUUGAUGGAACAACUGUUUAUGAAACUAUUGGACCUUUUGAAGCAUCGACAGAGGCACCAUUUGAAGAUGACGAAGAAAUGAUAUGA